CAGGAUCACCUUCCACAGACUUCAGGACCUCAUUUCCGGAGCCAUCGUGACAACUCCACCUGUAGGCUGGCGGUGUUCCAGCGCAGAGAAUCUGAGACCAGUGUCUUCAAAGCCUCAGGAAUUGAACAAUUCUGCAUUCAUGGAGGGCCUAUCAUGCAUCCCAUGCACCUUCAGAUGGCAAUGUAGUUUAUAUUUGCCUCUCCUAGAGGUAGAGGGACAUCUGGGGUUUUCAACCUAUGUAUUGAGAUCCAGUUCAUAGAACCUACAAUUCGCUCUUUUUGAGGAUUAUUUGAAUUUGAGAUAUUCGUAUGAUGAUAGAAUGAUCAGAUCCUUUUGCAGAUCCGUGUACUACUGGUUUGUAUUCAUCAGACGUCACAACAGAGUUGUACAUGCUACAACAGAUACUAGAACGUAUCCAGAGACUGAAAAAACUGAUGACAACAUACUUACAGAGGUUGUCAUCAGUUCCAAUGAAAAUGACAUUACUUGCCCGGAAAAGACUGAACCACAAGAGAUAAUCUCGAAACAUGUUAACAAAAGUGACACAGAUUUACUAGACAUUGUCAUCAGUUCUGGUAACAACACAACUACUGGUGACUCAGAUACUGUACUGGCCGUUGUCAACAAUACUACUGGCCUGGAAGAUACUAAAACAGGAGAUCUAAUCUUGGAAGACAUUAGUGAUAGUGAUACUGAUACCAUACCGGAUAUAGUCAUUGGUUCUGGUAACUUCAUGACCACUGGUGUGAACACUUCUGAAGUUCCUCAUGUUGGAACCACAAGUCAAUCUGUGAAACCUUCUGAAGUUUCUCAUAUUGGAAGUGAAAAUAUAUCUACUUAUGAGUUACGUUCAUUUCCUGAAGGCAGAAGGACAUCAUCUGAAUGGGCACUUGAGUUGUCAGCACUGAACAAGAGCGUGGAUCUUUCUGAAGUUUUACCAGUACCUCUCCUUGGAAUCCUAACUGAUGAGCCAUGUCCAUACGAAAUUUGUAAGGGUCGUGAGAGAACCUUCCAAAAUACUACCAGAGCUGUGCUUUCUUUUUGUGCUUCCACACCUCGUUAGUAAAGAAUAAUCGCAUCGUUAUGUGGAAUAUUUCAAAAUUGUAAAAAAUGUGUUUCACAGGAAUUUACCGCCAAAAAGAAAGCUUAAAAUUGAAAGAAUUGUAGUCCAUUCGCUUCACGGGUAAACCAUUUUGGAGUAUGACAACAGUUGACAGAAUACAUGAUGACCUAUCAAAAAGUGCACCUGAUGAUUUUCAGUUUUGAAACUACUUAGAAAAAUGAUAGAGCAGCACAGAGAAAAAUGAGCCAAAGGAGCUUACAUUGGAAGAUAAGCCAACAGAGCUCACAGUGGAGGAUAAUCCAGAAGACCUUAUACUGGAAGAUAUCAAAAGGUGAGAUGCACCAACAGAGCUUACACUGGAAGGUAAGCCAGAAGAUCUUACAUGAAGACAUUACUGAAAGGUGAGAUGCUUCAACAGAUCUUACACAGGAAGGUAAGCCAACAGAGCUUACACUGGAAGAUAAGCCAACUGAGUAUGUACAUGAAGAUAUCAGUGAAAGGUGAGAUGGGCCAACAGAGCUUACCCUGGAAGAUAAGCCAACAAAACUUACACUGGAAGAUAAGCCAACAGAGAUCACCUUGGAAGCUAAACCAACAGAGCUUACACUGGAAGAUAAGCCAACAGAGUAUAUAGUGCAAUAUGUCACUGAAAGGUGAAAUGCAUUCCUAUGUGUAUAUAUGCAUGUACAUAAAGAUACACAUAUUCAGCCAGAUUUUCUGGCAAUUGUAUCAAAAGUUUGAGCAUUACAGCUAUGUGUGUAACAUUCCUUCCUUUUUCAAGUUAAGUGAAUGAAUGAAUGAAUGAGAAGACAGACUAUGCCAUUUCAGUAAGCAGCAAAGAAAACUUCUAGAAAACUAUCAGAUAGCUAUUUGAAUUGGGGAAUAUAUGUUUUGUAUGACUGCAGUAACAGAUUAUUACAAGCAAAAUUGUUCACAAUUUAUCUUACAACCCUAAGGUUGUAAGAAGUCUCAUGUCAAAAUUUCUGUCAUUAGCUCUUUAUCAACUAUGAAAAAGAAUCUUUCUAUAAUUCUUUUUUUUUUACCAUUUCCCUAUUUGUUGGCAUAUAGACUCAUUCUCUAGCUCUCUGCCUUUUUAAUCAUUUUGUUCCAGUCUUGGGCUUGAGCUCAGCAGUUGGACACUAACCUUGAAUUUGCUUUGCUCAAGGAUAGUGCUCUUCCCUUUGAGCCAUAGGUUUACUUCUGGCCUUUUCUAAGUUUUGGAGUCCAGAAACCCUGGGAUAUCCUUCCCAUCAAGCCAUAUUCCUCAGAUCUCACUGAGUUGGUAGGAUUCCAGGCAUAAGCCACCAAAUGCCCAGCUCUGCCUUAUUUUGAAUGUAAACCUCUUUAGGGACGUUGGGUGCUAACUCUUUUUUAUA